AUGCAAAGGGCACAAUUUCUGAAAGACUCCUUCCUGAGUUUGGAUGUUUUCCACAAGCAGAUUGUGAUUGGGACAGCGGUUGCAGCAGGGGUUGCGUUGUUGUACAUUCGGCACAGAAGAUGUAAAGUCCAAACUAUUCCUAUUGGUGAAGGAUGGUGGGGAGCAGGCAAGAGGCCACAGUCAGAAGAUGACAAUAUCUAUCCGUUUGAGGUUCAAACCUCAGAGGAUGAAAUCAAGGACCUCCAUGAGCGCCUUGACAAAACCCGAUACACGGACCCGCUGGAAGAUGAAGCCUUUCAAUAUGGAUUCAAUUCAACUUAUCUCAAGAGGGUGACAUCCUACUGGAGACAUGAGUUUGAUUGGAAAAAACAAGUGGCAGUGCUUAACAAGUAUCCGCACUUCAAAACUAAAAUUGAAGGUAUCGAUGUGCAUUUUAUCCAUGUGCGACCAGUUCAACGGAAAAAUCAAAAGGUUAUCCCGCUUAUGCUUGUUCACGGCUGGCCAGGCUCAUUUUUUGAAUUCUACAAGAUCUUGCCACUUCUCACAGAGAGCCAUGACGAUCUUGCCUUUGAGGUCGUAUGCCCGUCCAUACCAGGCUAUGGUUACUCUGAGGCUCCUCAUAGACAAGGUUUUGACAGUCUCGCUGCUGCAAGAAUUUUCCUCAAGCUGAUGGAGCGUUUAGGGUUCCCGAAGUUCUAUCUACAGGGAGGAGACUGGGGCUCCCUGAUUACGACCAACAUGGCACAAAUGAAGCCUUUGUGUGUGAAAGGCCUACACUUAAACAUGUUUAUGAUAAGAAGAGGGUUUAAAGUGCUGAUGUCGCUCCUGAUUGGCCCUUAUCUGCCCUUCUUGGUGGGCCUGAAUCGGGAAGAUGUGCGUCGUUUGUUCCCUUUCUUUGAAAAGUGUGUGUGGACCAUCAUGAGGGAAUCGGGCUACUUGCACAUUCAGGCUACCAAACCUGACACUGUUGGCUGUGGAGUGAAUAAUUCCCCUGUAGGCUUGGCAGCCUACAUUCUGGAGAAGUUUUCAACCUGGACUAACGUCGAAAACAUAGACUUGGGGGAUGGUGGGCUAGAAAGGAAAUUUAGCCUGGAUGACCUCUUAACAAAUGUCAUGAUCUACUGGACAACAGGCUCCAUGGUCUCAUCCAUGCGCUUCUAUAAAGAAAACCUUAAGGGUAAUCUUGACAAAAGGAUUGAUUCAAGGAGAAGGGUAUCUGUACCAACUGGAUUAGCUGCCUUCCCUGGAGAGCUGAUUCACUCCCCUAAAUCGUGGGCCCAAACUAAGUAUCAUAACAUUGUCUCCUACACAUUCAUGCCUCGUGGUGGUCACUUUGCUGCUUUUGAGGAGCCUCAACUGCUUGCCAGUGAUGUAAUCCAAUUUGUUAGAGAGGUGGAGCAUUGA